CUUUGGUGCGUACCAUGAGCCAUGGAGGUGAAUAUUCACCUCCAUGGUCCGUACGCUUGGUGUGAAAAGUGAAAGAGUAUAGUAGCAUUAUACAUAUAUAUGCAUCCUUCUCACAUGUUGUAAUAGGAGAUUUCUCGGCAGUCAUCCCAUCAUCAAUAAUUAUUAAUCAUCUGUUGAAAGUACUGACAAUUAAUACCUCAAGCCUUUAUAAAUGUCCUGAUAAAAAGUUAAAAACUUUUCUGUUUUAAGAAUGUCAUUCGUUUUAUUCGUAUCAAAGUAUCAAAAUUGAAAACUUGACAUCAAAAAUAUUCCCGACUUUUCUUUUAGAGUUUGAAAGGGUGUAAACGUGUGCAUCAUUGAAAUGGCAAACUUCCGACAUUCAGUCAUAUAUGUAAUACUACUAAUGUAGUAUUAUAUAUAUGCAUUCAGUUUCUCUCUUGACAUUGUACCGAUGAUCACCGAUGUUUAACGAACACCCACAAGCUAGCGACUAAACCUAUCUGUUGCUAUUUAAGGAGUAAUUGUUGCGUGCGCCGUUCAUUCUGAGAUCCAGUUUAUUAUUAAGCACGUUGCUACCUAAGUGAAAUAAAAAUUCAUCGGAUUAUAUGCAUAUAAGUUUAACUGAGUAACCAAAUCGUUCAGUGUGUUUUAUAAUCAAAUAUAUACAAUUAAAAGUUUUGUAUAAUUUACAAUUUUUUGAUUCUGAAAUGGCUGACAACGGUAUUAAGCGUAACAUUCCAAUCAAACUUGGUGAUUUCAGCGUCAUUGAUAGCGAAUUCUCUAAUAUUCGCGAGCGUUUUGAUGCUGAAAUGAAGAAGAUGGAAGACGAAAUGUCCCGUUUUAGAAGUGAGCUUAUGCAUCGUGAAAGCGACAAUUUCUUCAAAUCCUCAACAAGCACUACAACUCAACAAUCUACUCAGAAUAGUUCACUCAGUCCACAACAUCAUGAUUCACGCACCUGGUUGGAUGGUUUAAAUAGUCCUCUUAUUCAAGAUGAAGGUGAUAACAAAAUGUUAAAAUUGCGAUUCGACGUUUCUCAAUACACACCCGAGGAAAUCGUUGUCAAGACUGUGGAUAACAAACUUUUGGUUCAUGCUCAACAUGAAGAAAAGACAGAGAGCAAAUCUGUGUACAGAGAAUACAAUCGAGAGUUUCUACUGCCUAAGGGUACUAAUCCUGAGAGCAUAAAAUCUUCACUCAGCAAGGAUGGUGUUCUGACUGUUGAAGCCCCUCUUCCAGCAAUAAGUUCUGGUGAAAAACUUAUUCCAAUUGCCCAUAAUUAAACAGAUCUCAUAUCUGUAUUCAUACUCCCAAGCAUUUGCAACACAUCAAACAUUUUUAGUUUCGCACUUUUCCUGAGGCCUUUUAAUUUGUGUCAUGAUUUUAAUGUAAAUGAACUAUGUUUUUUCAGUAUGUAAUAUUAUGAUCAAAAAUGUCAAAUGCUUAUAAGAAAGAAAAGAUAAUAUUUCGACGAUAAAAAAAAAAUUGUAUAACGAUAUUACGUAUGAAAUAUUAUCAAUAUGCAAAAUUCUUCUGUA